AUGACCUCUCAGACCGAUAUACCGGAGGAACUCACCGACGAUGAGAUAAAUUUCAUCUUUCAAGUCCUUGACACUACGUUAAAUACUGUUAUACUUGCAUUUCUAUUACAUGGCAUAUACACUGGUGUUCUUGCUGUUACCCUGUGGACCAACUACAUGAACAAAUCUCGACCUAUCAGAAACGUUAUGAUCAUGGCCAUCAUUCUCAUCUACACCCUGACUUCCAUUGGGUACGCUAUGGACUGGUCAUUGGUGCACUCCACACUCAUCACCGUGACUAAUGGACAAAACUUUUGGACGGUGUAUCUCAAGCUCAUCGAUACCAGCGAUAAAGUAGCUUUGGGCAUAGGAAUCGCAGGAAUCCUAUGUAACAUCCUUGCAGAUUCUAUCACGAUCUGGCGUUGUUGGGUGAUCUGGGGCCGGAACCGGCUCAUUGUUCUCCUUCCUACUCUUUGUUUAGUCUCUAGUAUCGUGUUCAAAAGCAUCGACAUGUACAUGGUGUUCACUGACGGAAACAAACUUGACCCACUCUACUCAGUACCUUAUGCAUCGUUCACUCUCGUUACCACGAUAUGGUGCACUCUAGGGAUCGUCUACCGUAUCUUGUCCAUCGGUGGCAACCUCAGAGCUUACCACCGUGCCAUCGAAAUCUUGGUUGAAUCUUCGACCCUUUAUUCCGUCGCCUUGAUCCUAUACGUGGCUUUCUACGCUCACAAUGAUUGGGGGGCAGAUUACCUUGGUUCUGUAGCCAUGGUUGCAAGGGGAAUUGCACCGACACUUCUCUUUGGCGUGAUGUCUUCCCUUCGCUUUGGGGGGAAUCGGAUCUCGACAAGCUCUCAGAGAAGUGUCGUAAUCGAUGAUGACCUCGAAGCUCAGCUUGAGAGCGAGGAUGAGCGCGCUUACACUCAGAUGCAUUUCCAGGGAGAUACUGUGCCAAGUGUCACGGAGGACGAUGUCCUGGAACCUGAAGCCCAACCAGAGAGAGUAGCAAAUGACCCUGAUAUAACGGUUGUGGAACAGAGCGAGUAACAGUUGUGGAAAAUGUCAGUACGUCAAUAGAGUGCGUGUGAAGGGCAAAGACAGGGCAUUGUAAAAGACCAUGAAUAGAUGGCACGAAUUCAUGAUACUCAGAAGGAGAUUGCAUCGUAGAGAUGGCCCAUUGAUACGAACAAAAUUUAUAUGAUCAAUA